AUGUCGAACAAAUCCAUCUUCAUCCGUUCCAUCGACAACCCCUCUAUCGCUAGACAGUACACCGAACACAAAGCCCAAACUACAGUCGCCCGCUUUUCGCCUUCUGGGUUCUAUGUCGCAAGUGGUGAUUCUGCCGGUCUUGUCAAGGUUUGGGACUGUGUCGGCGAAGGAAUUACAAAAGGCGACUACAGCAUUGUCAAUGGUAGAAUCAACGAUCUCGCCUGGGACGGUGAUUCCCAGCGUAUCAUCGCUGUGGGUGAUGGAAAACAACGAUUUGGCCACUGCAUCACGUGGGAUAGCGGAAAUACUGUCGGCGAGAUUUAUGGACAUACUCAGCAGAUCAACGCCGUCUCCAUUAGACAACAGAGGCCUUUGCGAGCUGCCGCCGCUGGCGACGACAGGAACUUAGUCUUCUACCAUGGAGCACCAUUCAAAUUCAAUACUGGAAUUCGCGACAAGCACACCAACUAUAUCUACGGCGUCGGCUUCAGCCCGGACGGCUCUAGCCUGGUCAGUGUGGGUGCAGACAGAAAGAUCUGGCUCUACGAUGGAAAGACUGGAGAAACCAAGGGCCAAAUCGGAGAAGGUGAACACAAGGGUAGCAUAUUCGGAGUCUCCUGGUCCAAAGAUUCUCGAAAGUUUGUGACUGCGAGUGCGGAUCGAACCGUCAAGAUCUGGGAUGUUGAAGCGGGCAAGGUCUCACAGAGCUGGAACAUGGGCGAGGAAGGAAGCAUGAAUGUCAACGACCAGCAGGUUGGCGUGGUCUGGCCCCCAGGCAGGAGCGACGAUCUGCUCAUUAGUCUGUCCUUGAGUGGCGACCUCAAUUACCUGGUUGAAGGAACUCCCAAACCCACACGGGUUAUCCAGGGUCACCAGAAGAAUAUCACUUCCAUGAGUCGAUUUGGAUCUGACGAGAAAGAUGAAACUCUGUGGACUGGGAGCUUCGAAGGCAGAGUUUGCGGCUGGGACGUUGCCACCGCAACCGCAGAGACACUGGAAGGGGAAUCCCACUCAGGGUACAUUGCCGGCCUUGUACCAACUCAGGAGGGGGCUGGUAGAAUCUACAGUGUAGGCUGGGAUGAUACCAUUCGCUCUGCUGAUAUUUCUGCCAAGACGUACACCGGAAGCGCCUCCAAGCUCUCUGGACAGCCCAAGGGAGUUGCGGCUGGCAAUUCAACGGUCUUGGUCGGUACAUCGGAGAAUGUUGAAAUCUACACUGAUGGAAAGAAGACUGGAGAUUUCAAACCAAAGUCCCCGGUCACGACAGUAGCAGCCCACGGGACCAUUGCGGCCAUCGGAGACGAGGACUCAACCAUCCAAAUCUGCGAGAUUUCCAGCUCUAGUCUGUCUCCCAAGGUUGACAUCAAAGCCUCCCAAAACCCAUUGUCUGCCAUGGCAUUCUCUCCUGAUGGCUCUCUCCUGGCUGUGGGUGAUUCCAGAGGCCGAGUGCUCGUCUUCAAGGCUGCUGACGGCAGUCUGGUCACUGACCGUUGGACGGCCCACACGGCCCGAAUCACUUGCAUCGACUGGAACAAGGAUGGCACCCAUGUGGUGAGCGGAGCUUUGGACACCAACAUCUUCGUUUGGAGUUUAACCAACCCUGGAGACUGGCUUCAAGUAACUCUUGCCCACAAGGAGGGUGUCAAUGGCGUGGCCUGGAUUGCUGGAGGGUCUAAGAUUGCCUCGGCUGGUGCCGAUGCUGCCGUGAAGUUACGGCAGGCGACCUUCGUUCUUCCCAAAACCGGUCAACGUCUGAAAGGCGCCGUGAACCUACGAGCUUCUACUUCCGUCUCACCUUCCAACUCGAACAGCGGCAGUGGUGAAGAUGAAGAACGACGGGGGCUUCUUUCGGGACAGGUCCAUGCCCGCCAUGGAGGUAUCGCCUCGAGACUUUGGAGCAAGUUGCUGAGCGUGUGGAUCUGGGUACAUCAAUUCGUCUCCUCGGAGCAAGCAAUCGGGAUUCUGAAAUGCAGUCUUGCGUAUUUACUGGGCUCUUUGGCGACAUUCAUUCCAGCCAUUUCGGCACUGCUGGGUGAUCAAGAUGGCAAGCAUGUGGUGGCUACCGUCACAGUAUAUUUUCAUCCAGCAAGGUCAAAGGGAAGCAUGUACAAGGCACUGAUAUGUGCCUUUCUUGCUUUUUUCUACGCCGCUUUCAUCUCCCUCACGAGCAUGUGUGUCUCAGUGUUCUUCCAAGACACAAUGGACAUGCUCGCCGUUGGUCACACCGUGGUACUCAUUGUGUUUUGCGGUGGUGGUCUGGGGUUUAUCGGAUGGACGAAGCAAAGACUAGGCGAUCCGCUGGUGAACGUGGCUUGCUCUCUGGCUUCGCUGUCGACCAUUACAGUCUUGACGAAGGAAGGAGCAGUACAAAGUGGCGCUCUAUCACUUUCUAAAAUAUCCCAGGUUCUGAAGAUGGUUAUCAUGGGUGUUAGCGUGGCCAUGGCUGUGUCGUUCCUGAUCUUCCCAAUAUCUGCGCGGAAAAAGCUCCGGUUGAAUCUUACGACCGUCACUGAGACACUGGCAAUUCAGCUAGCAAUAAUCACGCAGAGCUUCCUUAAUGGGUCAGAGGAGGAGCUCCAAGCAGACGAGUUUGUCGAUGCUGCCACGCGCCAUAAGAAAGCCUACAGUCAGCUCGACAAUCUCGUGAAAGAAGCAAAGCUUGAACACUUCGUGGCUGGCACGGAGAAGGAGUACAGGCUAGAGAAGAGCCUUGUGCGCCUAUUGCAAGAUAUUACUCACAACAUGGGAGGUCUACGCAGCGCUGCCUCUCUGCAAUUCAAUCUGCUUAGGCAAACUAAGCUUCUUGAAUCGGAUCAUGGCCAGGAACCCGGUCUGAAUGGGGCCAUUUCCGUGCCAUCACUAAGUCCAGGUUCUUAUUACGAGGACCGCGGCGCCUUUUUAACACCAAUUGAUGAAAGGCCAGAGGAGGAAGUGUCGGACCCUGGGAGAGAUUCUAACUCGAACUCCGCAAGAGGUGUUCAAUUGGAGAAUGAACACAGCCUUCUUCCCGCUGAUAUAUUUGCGCUGUUCAUCAGCCAUUUAGGACCUUCUAUGGAGAUAUUCAAAGAGAUACCUUUUGGGCCUGCACCGGACUACAAAGUCUGUAUUGACAGUAGAUUCCGCAUGAGUCUCGAUCGUGCACUGGAACUCUAUCAAAAGUCGAGAGAAGAAGCACUCACGUCUAUCUACCGGCAAAAAGAAUUCAUAAGUAUACAGACUCUCGAGGUAGAAGCUGAUCUCGAGGAGGUUUCUGCCAGUUGCGGGCAUUUCAGUUUCUCUCUUCUUGAAUUUGGUUUCCAGAUGAGGCACCUUUUGGCAAUUUUGGAUGAAUUACAACUUGAAGCUGAAGAACGGCCCACCGGCAGAUCGUGGGCCUGGCUUAAGUUUUGGCGUCGAACAGAUACCAAAACUGACGAGACAACACCGGACACUGCGUUCGCGGGUUCUGCUCCGCAUACAUCGAACUCUCAGUCGGAGAAUGGGCCACCUUUAUCGCCACCUAUCUUAGAAACGCCAUCUGCAAAACAGAGACUCGGCUAUAAGAUCUGGAAGUCUCUCGGGUUCUUUCGACGUGAUGAUACAAAAUUUGCUAUCAAGGUUGGCACCGGGGCAGCAAUAUAUGCCCUGCCUUCAUUCGUUCCGUCGAUUAGACCAUAUUAUUCCCAUUGGAGAGGGGAAUGGGGCUUGCUAUCUUACAUGUUAGUGUGCUCGAUGACCAUCGGCGCGUCGAAUACUACCGGCUAUGCUCGAUUUCUUGGCACAUGUCUAGGAGCACUCUGUGCAAUCCUAGCAUGGUAUGUGACUUCCGGAAAUGUAUCUGGACUUGCAGUCGUGGGGCUUUUGAUGGCAACCUGGACCUUUUAUAUAACUAUUGUCAAAAGACAAGGGCCGAUGGGCCGAUUCAUUAUGCUCACUUACAACCUGUCCGUGCUAUACGCCUACUCUCUCUCCCAGAGAGAAGGCCACAACGAUGAAGACGAGGGAGGGGCUAAUCCCAUGAUCACUGAGAUUGCGCUCCAUAGGGUAGUUUCUGUUUUAUCGGGGUGCAUCUGGGGUAUUAUUAUUACCCGGGUUAUAUGGCCUAUGAGUGCUAGGACGAAGUUGAAGCACAACCUCAGCAUGCUUUGGCUUCGCAUGAGUCUGAUCUGGAAACGCGACCCGUUGACCAAGAUACCCAAGACAGGGAGCCCGAUUACCUACAUGAGCCCAAGAGAAAAGCUGGAAGUUGAACGGUUCUUGUCUCUUCUGGAGUCUCUCAAGGGAUCAGCCAGUUCCGAGUUUGAGCUGAAGUGCGCAUUCCCUGAAGCUGCAUAUAGCAAUAUCCUUCGUCGCACGAGAAGCAUGAUGGAUGCAUUCCAUGCCAUGAAUUUAGAACUGAUGAAGGACCAGACCACUUCCGAGGGAGAAGUCGCCAUUCUCCGAUACACUGCCACAGAAAUAUAUCAAUUAUCUGCCCGCAUCAGCCACUUACUGUCUGUCAUGGCUUCGUCCAUGAAGCUCGAAUACCCCUUGAGCGAUGCUCUCCCGAAUAUUGACCAUGCGCGAGAUCGACUUCUCGCUCGUAUAUUCCAAUAUCGCAAGGCUCGAGAUGUGUCUCAUCUGUCUACGGAUGAAGAUUACUCCUUGCUUUACGCCUACACCCGUCGCGCCUCUGCGAGCCCUCCAACCAUGCAGAUCGAUCCGGCAGCCCUGAGUCGGACAGACUCAACAUCUACGGCUGUGGCAUCGUCUAAGAAUGCGGCACCCAGUGCUCCGACAACUCAGAAAUCUACAAAGGCUUUGAUAUCGGUCCCGCGGCUUGACCUUGAACCCAUCUACACGGAACUGAAGGCCGCUAUCGGUGACAACUGGGCCGAGUAUAAGCAGUCAACGGGCCUUUUCCUAUUAGGACACCUUAACCAAAGCGAAUUCUCGUCGCGUGUCGAUCAUAUAAUAUGCGCCGAUUCAAAGACAGAACAUCUUCACAACAACUUCGUAUGCGCGAUAAUUGGGAAUCUUACAAGAGACCUUCCAGAUCAUGGAGUCGCAAGUUGGGUAUCGGCGAAUGACAAACCGUCUGUGGUGUCCAAGCCGGCUUCAGGAGAUGCAGCAGAGCAGAGACUAAAGACGGAAAUUAUGCAGCUACCCCCCAGGGAUCGUCGACGAAUUAAAGCUAUUCAGGAGCGUGAUCCCAGUGAAUCAGUCCCCCAUGAAUUGGAAGAAUACCACCUGGCUAAACAGAUCAAGCUGCCUAGCCAGGUACCAGCAAGUGCCGGUGGCUUGAAUAAGACAAACUGGGAAUUGGAAAUUCGAAAACGCUACGCACAGCCCCUAGCCUCGGAGACCGGUGAAUUUCCCGACGCCGAAUCAAUACACUCGCGGAUGGUUCCUAUAUGUUAUGAAGAAUCAAUAGUUAGUGGCGCAGGGCUCCCCUGCGCCGAGUUCAUGGCGAUUGCGACAGAAACAUUUGUGAAGGAAGUACUGUCUGUUGUAUUUUCACGAACCAGAUCCAAUGGCCCGUCUGGCACCAUAAACGGUAUGAUGAUGCGGAAAUACCGACAGCAACUUGAACAAGAAGAACUGGCCUACACUCGUGGAGAGAUUGUCAAAGACAGCGCAACAGGUUUACUCCCAGUGGAAGCCAAGGAGGCAAGCGUCAGAAAGCCCCUUGGGGUUCGAGAUCUGAGAUUAGCGUUGGAGAUUGGCGGUGGGGUGCUCAGUCACAUGCCUUUGCUUAUAGACCAGAUUAUGGGCGGCUAUAUCGAGGACGAACUGGAGAACGAGAAGCAAGACCGGGUCGAAGAGGUGGCAGAAAUUGCCAAUGAUGACCUGGGGCCGGACUACCCCGACGAAAUGGAUGUGGAUGAAGCUGAUUCUGAUUGGGAAGGAGGUGCAGUGGCAGACCGUGAGCAAUUGGGUACUUUGCUUGACGAAUGUUUGUCCAUGGCUGCAUGA